AUGUUUUCCAUAAGCUCAACCUCAAGCUCAAAUUCUUCCGAUUCAGAUCAAUAUGCGGAAUUUGAUAAUCUAGUUGAUGAAUUUUUCACAAAUCACUUACCUAACAUAAUGCUUCCUCAACCACCUCCAUCUGAGAUCGAAAUUGUAAAUGAAGAUGAAACUGUCCCGCAGCGUAGGGGAGAUAGAGAAAGGGAGAAAGGGCAUUUGCAAUUGUACAAUGAUUACUUCGCAAUAAAUUCUGUGUAUUCCGAAAAUCAGUUCCGUCGUCGAUUUCGAAUGCACAAACCUUUAUUCUGUCGGAUUAUGAAUAAAGUGGUUGAGGGCGAUCCAUUCUUCCAGCAGCGUAGGAAUGCAGCUGGUAGGCUUGGCUUAUCACCUCUGCAGAAAUGCACCGCUACAAUAAGAAUGUUAGCGUACGGUGUUGCUCCGGAUGCCGUAGAUGAAUACAUACGCAUGGGUCAAACAACAUCUAGAAAAUCAAUGCAACAUUUUACUCAAGGGGUGAUCAAGCAUUUUGAGGCCGAGUACUUAAGAAGUCCACCAGAUGAAGAUUUAAGGAGAAUCCUUCACUAA